AUGCUUGCCUGCCGGAUUCGAAGCUUAUCAGGGCAGAGCUUCGACUUGGAAGUACCACCUGAGUCAACAGUAAAAGAUGUAAAGUACCGAAUCGAGCAAGAUUGGGCGAUUCCAAAGAUUUGUCAGAAACUCCUCUACAGGGAUAAGCUUCUCACAGAGAAGUGCCGCUGCCAAAGUUUCGCAGACGGUUGCGUCGAGCUCCAGUUGGUCAUAACAACUGAGAUCUUGCGCUCGUCCCUGAGCUCUGCUCUGGCUUUGGAGGCCUUGCAAAGCCUGCACAGCAUUGCUAAAGAGGGCGGAGGAGAUCCCAAGGUCUGGUCUGCUGUGGAGGCAGAGGUAUGGGACAGCUUGAACCAGCCAGUACGAGAUGUUCAAGAUUCAGCCACUUCAGUGCUCAUGGCCGCGGCUUUCGCCGGCAGAUCGGAGACCCGUGAAGAGGUCUUGGAGCGUCUGGAGAGUCACGACGAGCGAUCAAGGCUGGUCGCAGUUCAGAUGCUGGGCAUCAUGGGUGAUGCUCCGGCAGACGCUUUGAGGCGCAGGCUGCUAGACCCAAGCGACACCGUGCGAGCAGCGGCAGCAGAGGCUUUAGCAGCUUGCCCGGAGCUCCUCGAUCAAGCAGCCAGGUUCGCUUUAAGCGCCCUGCUCCAUGACCGAAGUGCUUUGGUUCGGACGGCGGCUGCGCGCGGGCUUGCCCGCUGCGUCUCCAUGAGCAGCUGUCCGAGCUGCACUCCUCCAGGUGAAUGUGACCAGUAUGCAGAGAACGUGGAAUUCGCUUUUCUGGCAGUUUUAGCUCGCCUUCAACAUCCUGAUCCGUCCGUGCGGAGCUCCGUAGCUGGAGCUGCCGGUGCUGUGCUCAAUGCUGCAGCGCGGCGUCGCUGUGAGCGCUGUAAUGGUCGACGUCGGCCAGAGGCGGCAGAGGAGACGAGUUUUGCUCCCAUGGCUGCUCAAGCUCUCUCCGCCUGUUUAGCAGAUUCUUGCGCUGCAGUACGCGCUUUGGCGUUGCAAGCGUUGGCAGAGCUUCCUGGAGGGAAGGAUGGCAAGAUCAUUGCACCCGAGCUGUCUGCACUCAAGAGUCAGGUGGCGCCUUGCCUAAAGCACAUGGACGCUGGAGUUCGUGUUGCAGCCACACGAGCUACCGUUCGCCUUGUACAGAAUGGCGACAGAGAGUCAAUCCGGGUGCUACAGCGGCUGGUGCACAAAGACUCCGACAUCAGUGUCCGGACGGCGGCAAAAAAUGCUCUCCUGGCGCUGGGGGUGGACCCCUUUUAA